AUGGAUCCCAUACCAGAUAAUAAGCCGGCCGAUGAUGCACCCGCUGCCAAUGCCAGUCAGCAGUCCAAGAAUUCACAGACUGCUGCAGAUUUCAUCGAUGAGCAACUUGCGCUCGAGGCCGACGCGCGAGAAGUCCUCCCUUACAAAUUUGAUAAGUGUACCAGUAUUCUCGGGCCACUUCGACAAGAGGUGUAUGCCUGCCUCACGUGCAGUCCUCCUCCCGCUUCCGCAGCCCAGCAGUAUACGCCAGCCGGCAUCUGCUAUGCCUGCUCCAUCUCAUGCCAUGGCGAACAUAAUCUAGUCGAGCUGUUCAACCGACGCCACUUCGUUUGCGACUGCGGUACUGCGCGCUUUACCAAUGACGCGCCGUGUACACUGCGGUCGGACGCUGUCACCGGCGCUCGUGGUGUCCAUUCUCAAGAGCCGGCGAAGACGAAUACCUACAACCAAAAUUUCCAGAACAAAUUCUGUGCCUGUGGCGAUGAGUACGACACAGACAAAGAGAAGGGCGCAAUGUUCCAGUGCAUUGGGCUAGGAACGCCAGAAAAUGGUGGUUGCGGCGAAGACUGGUAUCACCCAGAAUGCUUAAUGGGUCUCCCUAAGGACUGGUAUCUGCAGAGCGGCGAAGAAAAUAAAGAGAAUGCCGCGCCUGCAGCGAGCGAAAACGAGGACAAGGAGCAUCCUAUGCCUCCAGGUUUUCCCAGUGAAGACGACUUCGAGGCACUGGUCUGCUUCAAGUGCGUUGAGGCGAACCCUUGGAUCAAGGCCUACGCAGGUACCGAAGGAUUCUUGCCGGCAGUGUUCCGGCAAUCCUCGUCGGCGCCGCAGCCUUCACAGCCACAAACUGUGAUCGUUGAGAACGAACGUCCAAGCCUUAAGAGGAAGGCGUCUGAUGAAGGAGAGCAUUUCCCUCCCCCGAGCCCUACGAAACGGGUCAAGGAAGAAGCUGUCGCAGUCAGUGGCGAGACCUCUACAAAUCCAAUCGCCGACAAUAGUGCCAGCAAAGUCGACCUAACUCCCGCCCAUAAACACACCCAACUUCCACACCCUCCUUCAGAAAUGCUCUCCCUAAUGCUCAAAGCCAACUUCCGAGACCAAUUCUGCCAUUGCCCCGCAUGCUAUCCUCGUCUGAUCCCCCACCCCAUCCUCCUCGACGACGAAUCCGUGUACGAGCCGUCCCUCUCCUCCGCCUCGUCCGCCAACGGCGAUGCCACCCAUCACUCCACUCGGUCUGCAGGCUCGCGCUCCCUCCUGGACCGCGGCGAAGCGGCUCUCAACAACGUCGACCGCGUGCGCGCCAUUGAGGGUGUGAUGGUGUACAACCACCUGCGGGACAAGGUCAAGGACUUUCUGCGCCCCUACGCGGAGAGUGGCAAGGCUGUGAGCGCUGAGGACAUCAAGGCCUAUUUCGAGGGCUUGAGGGGUGACAGCGAGGGCAUGAAGGAGGCGCAGGAGAAGGUGCAGGGAGAGGGAGGAGGGGAGGGCGAGGGGGAUAGCAGGCGGGAGCAGAGCGGGUAUUAA